AUGUCUGUCGAAGUUGGUCAACAAGCACCGGAUUUUACACUUUAUAAUACCGAACAAAAAGAAGUUUCUCUCAAAGAUUUAACAUCGAAAUCAAAUGUGGUUGUUUUAUUUUUUCCAUUAGCAUUUACAAGUGUUUGCACAACCGAAUUAUGUUCAGCUCGAGAUGAUAUUAGCAAAUAUCAAAAGUUAAAUGCAACGAUCGUUGCAAUUUCAGUUGAUUCACUUUUUACUUUAGGAAAAUUUCGAGAAGAACAAAAACUUCCAUUUGAUUUCGAUUGUAAAAUCCNGGCAAAAAAAUACGAUUCACUUUGUGAUGAUGAACAAUUAGGUUUUAAAGGUCUUACAAAACGAAGUGCAUUUGUCAUUGAUAAACAAGGUCAAAUCAAAUAUGCAGAAAUACUUAAAGAUGCAGGAAAACUUCCUGAUUUUGAUCAAAUCAAACAAACAUUAGAAAAUUGUAAUUAA